CUGAUCCGACCUAUUCAUUUCAUAUUGUAACAAUAAUCUCACAAUGUCAGUGUGUCCUUGGUAACAUGCUUCAUAAAGAGGUGUCGUCUUCUUCCUAUAUUCACCGGAAUCAGCGUCACCUGGUGCCUACUUCCUGUCGGGGGAGGAGGCGAGCAGACUGCAGAGACAAAAACAGGGAAGAAGUACACCGGAUUACAGGUCAGAUUCCCAGGACCGGCACAAGGAACCAGGAACCAGGCCCGGUGGCCAGGAAGGUAGUGGAAGUAGAACAAAAUAUGAAAAAAAUGAAUGGUUACCAUGGCAACACAUCUCGGGACAGUUUGUCGUCUCGAGACCGAGCAUCUCCUUCAUUGCCUGAUAGAGGGCGCUUCUCACCCUCUUCACAUGAUCGCCGAUCGCCUACACAAGCUGGACGUUCGCGGUCACCUAGGGAUGACUACUCACCAGUCAUCAGAGGGGGUCCCCCUGGGUCAGGACGCCCCUCCCUCAACAUCUCACGGGACAGACUGUCGAGUGAUGGGAGAGAGUCCUCGAGUAGGCGGGACGAUCCAAACACAUCGCUGCCUCGCCCAAGACGCCACAGUCAUGAUUUCAGGGACCACAAGAUGAGGAAGCAUCCAGGGGGUGGCAGUAGGCAGAGUCUGGAUGACAGCGGCAUCUCGGACCAGGAACAGGGGGCACUUGCUAACCUGCCAGGCCCUGGGAAGUUCAAACAGAUGACGAAACAGAGAGGGGCUGACGAUGUGGACAGUGGAUUCAUAGGAUCGGUUGUUGGGUCAGAUGUCACUCGGCCUUUACCUCAGCAACAGCAGCAGCAGCAACAGCAGCAGCAGUCACUGAGACUGAGACAUCCUGGGGACUCGGGGAGGAGGAACAGGGCGAGUGGUGUUAGAAGUGGUGCUGACACAAGCACAUCGGACACUGGUCGCGGUCGGUCUAGGUCGACCAGAGACAGUGAAAGUGACCAUAGAGACAGUAGCAUGCAGAAUGAUAGCAUGGAGGUGACAGCCAGUUUCAUGGAUGACCCAACAGAAACUGAGGUCAGUGAAAGUGACAGAGGUCAGAGGUCGCAGAAAAGACAAGGUCGUGAUAAUCGGAAUGUGGGUCGUCAUGAUCAAACAUCGGAAGGUUACUCAGGAGAAGAAGACACCGAUGCUACGCCAAAACCUUCAACACGAUUAAAAAUCAGCCCCAAAUCAGAAAACAAAGAAUCAACAUCACCUUCCAAACCUCAGCGUAAAUCUCGCACCUUGGUGUCAGAGGAAGAAGAGGAGAUAACUCCGAGAGCCACACCAACACGAGGAAUGCAAGUAUCGAGAUAUGUCUCUUCCUCUGACAUGGAGACACCAAGAAGUGUCCAAGCCAGAACGAGACAGACUGCUCCACCAAGAUCAGGGGUCUCCAGGGCGCCACCUGCUGGCAGACAGCUGGAUCGAACAGAAGAACAUGCUGUUAAAGGGAGAGAAUCCCUGCUGAAGAGUAAUCUCCAGCAAAGGACAGAAGAUAGAGGAGUGGGGUCAGACAGAGGUCAGGAGUCAGAUGCUACACGGGUGUCGUCUGCAUCAGGAUCUCGCCUACGUGCUCUACAAGAUGAGGUUGAGAGGUUAAAGGAGAGAGUUGAACAGGCCGUGGAAUCCCCCCCACAAGCACCUCUUCCACCUCCUCAAAGUCAGCCCGAGUACUAUGACCCUUUUGAUGAUCCCUAUGGCUUCAUGAGGAUGCCAAGGAGGAGAGCCAACUCCUUUUCGGGCACCAAUACUCGGGAGUGGGAUGAAUGGUACUGGACGCUGCCCAAUCAGCGGAGAAACGAUGGCUCGGACAUCCCUCUUGGGUAUGCUGCAGCAGAUGCUUAUGCUGACGUGCCCCCACCUCAAGCUGCGGAAUCUCCUGCGAGGAGUAGAAUACGGAGACGCAGAAUGGAGCGAAUGAAGAAAACAGAGCAGGGAAAGAAGCCGAACCCUGCAAGUGGACCUACUGAACAUCCUCCUGAAGCUUUUGCAGGUCCGGGAAUAGUUCUAGGUGCUCAUCCUGGAUUAGCAUCUCAGCCAGGAGUAGCAGGUCAUCCUGGAGCUCAUCCUGCAGCUCAUCCUGCAGCUCAUCCUGCAGCUCAUCCUGCAACUCAUCUUGGAGCUCAGCCUGCAACUCAUCCUGGUUUGAGAGCAGGAGCUAUUCCUGGAGCUGUAGGUGGAUCUGUAGGGGCACCUUCAUCCCCCAGAGAUGGGGAUGGUGCUGGACUCUAUGAAUAUUAUGUUCCUUCCAGGUACAGCACACAGGGAAUGAGACAGCAACUAGCCAGUAAGGGAUAUUUCCGUACUCCCUCUGGUGCCAAAAUCUACGCCAAUCAACAGCAAGGUGGUCCCCAUGUACCUGGCUACCACCCAGGUAUUCCCCAUGGACACCCCCCACCUCAAUACGCCUACGGUAACUAUGGAGGGUCAUGCCAGCCGAGGUUACCAGUCUGAUACUGCUAGCAUGCAUCCAGGAACGAACCGUCCCUUUUAUACCAUCCGUCGUUCUUCCAACAGACCAGUGUUUUCUAUGCCAAGGUCAAGGCCAGUCAUGCAAUCCUAUUAUGAGGACUAUGAUUCUGUGGAUGGACGGUCAGGCUAUCAGACUGAUCCAGGAAUCGGGGCUGGUUCCCAGACGUGGAGACAGAGAUCGUAUGUGGUUGAAGCAGCACUUUGUCCUCUCUGUGGAGGCUCCGGGGAACAUACACACGCUGAAUAUGAAGGAGGAGACAACUUGCAAUAUCACACCAGGGAGUUCGUCACAGAAAGAUCAAGCAGGCCUCAUAGAAGGUCAAGGUCAGCAUCAAGGUCAACAUCAAGGUCACAUCACUUCAGUCCGGAGCGGAGCAGCAGCUACUGGAUUCGUGAGUUCAGGGAAACAUCCAGUGAUGACACAGAUGAAGAAGUUUAUUCACGGCGGAGGAGGAGCCGAAGUUUAUCACGCACGAGACGGAAAACUAGAAAA